AUGGAGCUGCUUUCGGCUGUAAAUACCACUUUUGGUUUACGCACCAGAAUGCGCCAGCUAGUGUCACUUAGUAUGUAUAUGAAUAGUAUUUUCUUCUUGUUUCUAGCUGUUCCAUUAUCUAAUGUCACUGUCACUGGGCUGAACUAUUUCAGACGUUAUCCCAGUAAUCCAUACGAUUCUUAUUCUUUCCAACAAACGGACUCUCACAACACUAAGUCUGAUACAACACAUAAUGAAAAUGAUAAUAAUGGCACCAAACCAGAGUCUGAUAAAUCUAGCAAUGAAUUAGGGCCUAAGAGUGGCAUUAAAGUUCCAAAUCCAUCAGAUUCUGACCAUUCAGGAUCAGCUUCAGAAAAAUCUAACCCAGAAUCCAACGCAACAAAUGUUAAUGAUAAAGAUAAAAAUGUAGAUACGUCGAAAGUCAGCAAUGAAGCUGAUUAUUCCGCUGAGUCGACAACUAAUACAACAGCAGAUGAAAAAAACAAAAAUACCGACGCGCUAGUGGAUAAUGUAAUACUUAACCCUAGCGUCAAUAAUGUAGACUUCACAAUAAAAACACUAAGAAAUGAAACGGGAAAUGCGAUUAAUUCAUUGAAACAUGUAUGCACACAGAUUCAGGAAUUGAUUUCUAUAAUGCCACAGGAUGUAAAAUCAGCAGAAAUUGAGUUGGUUACGCACAAAGUUGUAACAUCGGAUUUAUACAAUGAGUGUGUUAAGCAUCUAACAACAUUGGAGGGAUUUGAGAAUGAUUUGGACAAAUUUGCCACUCAAGCCCAAAUAUCACUCAUGUACCCCCAGUCAACUUAA